UUCCUCGCAGAAUAACUACUGCUUAGAUCGGAUCAUUUGAUGAUGCAAGGAAACCGAUUCUCCGUCCGUUUGGUAUCCGGAGCGGUGGAUCUGCGCGAAUACUCUACAGUAUAAAUUGCACUAGAAUAUCUUCGUUCCACUGAGAGUGCGAUGGCCACUUUAGCGAAAGCAAUGUCCAAGUUCCGUCUGGCUGUGGUUCAGAUGCACGUGUCAAAGGUCAAGGCGGACAACCUCAGCAGAGCACGGGAACUAGUGAAGGAGGCAGCCGGCCAGGGAGCGAAAAUGGUGGUUCUGCCUGAGUGUUUCAACUGCCCGUAUGGGACAAGCUUUUUUCCGGAGUACGCAGAGAAGAUCCCGGGGGAGUCCUCCCAGGUCCUGUCUGAAGCAGCCAAGGAGAGCGCAGUGUACCUGGUGGGAGGGUCCAUUCCUGAGGAAGACGGGGGAAAGCUGUAUAACACCUGCUCAGUGUUUGGGCCCGACGGCACUUUGCUUCUCAAACACAGGAAGAUCCAUCUGUUUGACAUCGACAUUCCCGGGAAAAUCCGCUUCCAGGAGUCAGAGACACUCAACCCAGGAAGCAACUUUUCUGUGUUUGACACACCUUUCUGUAAGGUGGGAGUAGGGAUCUGCUAUGACAUGCGCUUUGCUGAGCUGGCACAGAUCUACACAAGGAGAGGGUGUCAGCUGUUGGUUUAUCCUGGAGCCUUCAACAUGACCACAGGGCCAGCCCACUGGGAACUGCUGCAGAGGGGGAGGGCAGUGGAUAACCAGGUGUAUGUGGCCACAGCUUCUCCAGCUCGAGACGAAACGGCCUCUUAUGUGGCCUGGGGACACAGUAGUGUGGUCAGUCCCUGGGGGGAGGUGGUCUCCCAGGCUGGCUCAGAGGAGACAGUCGUGUAUGCUGAUAUCGACCUGCAGUACCUGUCGGACGUGCGUCAGCAGGUCCCCAUCUCCUUGCAGCGACGCAGUGACCUGUACUCUGUGAAUGCAACGCAGGAGGGGUAGAGCCGCACCCGAGCGUACCUGAGCAACAGGUGUGGCUCGGAGGGGAAGGCCAUCAAAAAUAUUCCCAGAAUGCACUUCUCCUGCAGGACUGGGUCACUUGGACUGCUAAAACAGGACUGGGUGGUGCCGGAGGGAGAGUGGGGGGGGAGGUUUGUUUAAAUCUGCAACUGGUCACAGGGCUCCACGCUGCUCCCAUUUUAGGAAUGUUGAAAAUUGUGCUGACUGGGAAAAAUAUUUUCAUUUAGAGCUCAAGCUCUUUUUUUUGGUGUAAUUUUAGAGUAGAGCACUUGGUCCUAAGAUGAUGAAUCUGCACUGGGUCUGAACAGAAUCGACGUGCCUUUGGUGCCUUCUAUUUGUUUCCUUGUCUAAAUGAAACUGCCUGAAGCUGGUGUACGAUCUCAUUUGCAAUGCUUGCACAAAAAAAACAAAAAAAACAAUCGAUACAUUUCUGAUGAGAUCUGUUUGAAAACCACUGUGUGCUAAAAAUGAAGAGUUUUAUUUCUCAGUUUACAUGUCUGCUGCUGUGCUGAACAAACCGGCCUCUCUUAGUAGAUCUUUCUGAUUAAUGUUCUGACUAUAUGGAGGCACUCUCAGCCUUUAAAACCUGCUGUUCUGAUACUGCUCUCAGCAUUUCAAAUGCACUCACACACGUAGUGUUGCCAUGGAGAAGGAGGGAUGAUUUGGGGAGGGGUAUCCAGAACAUCUCCUCUUGUAUAUCACACAGGGAGCUUUGAAUGACAUCACACAAUCAUACCUCAGGCAGGAGUGUGGACUGUGGCUCUGACAGCCCCAGUGUGAAUCUGCUGUCCUUCAGUUUGCACUGGAUUCCCAUCGCCUUGUCCCUGGGAGAUUACACUGUGGUGAUAUGCUCUGGGCGAGGAAGGGGGCUCUUCUAAUGAGGUAAUAAACUCCCCAUGAGUGGAUAUUCUGUGUAGAUGUAUGGUGUGCUGUCACCUAUCCCCAGGUAAGACUUUGCGUCAGAAAAGCUCACUGUCUCCAUACAUAUGUGAUCAAUUCAUCAACUAUGUUUAUGAAUGGUGGUUGGAGCCCCUUUUCUGCAAUAUUCAUGUACAAAGUAUGACACAAAACCAAUAUUUAAAAAAAUCACUCAAGAUCAAAGCAAUUGUUUAUACAGUAGUGGAGCAUAAACAUGCUAGUUUCGGUGAUAUUGGUUAAACGGAAUCAGACAUGCA